UUAAGGACAUGUUGGACGUGUUGCUUUUCAACAGUAAAAUAUUUGUUUAAACCAUCGAACAAAUGCAUGAUGCGGCGUCUCAUCAGUGUCUGCGCUGUUUGCUUAAAGGACUUUCUAAUGCAGUGUGAACCCUUCCCCGGAUGUUUGCAAGGAGAGCCAGAUGGCAGACUACUACACGUACAGCUCCAAGUCAGACUCCUGCGUGCGCAUCCGCGGCUGUUACAGCAUCUACGACCGCAACGUGUUCCUGUCGCGUGACGACUGCCGCCGCGGUUGCUUCAUUUAUAAUGGAGUGACGCCUUCCGGCGAGAUGGACCCGCAAUGUUACCUCAGCCCAACCCCCGGCCGCUGUAGGGACACUGAGAAAGACAACUUCUUUACGUACAGCACAAAGACGGCUACAUGUACACAGAUAUACGGCUGUUACAGCGUUCGUGACCGGAACGUAUUUCUCACCCGUACCGCUUGUGAGGCCGUGUGCGACGCACCGAUCUUGGGGUCACCAACUCCCCCACCCAUACCCAUUGAAAAUGUCGCUAUCCAGUGCCGCGUGGUCCCCUCUCCCGGGCGAUGCACGGAGCAGGAGCGCAGCAACUACUUCAGCUACAGCACCAAGACACACACAUGCACGGAGAUCUACGGGUGCUAUAGCCUCCAGGACCGGAACGUCUUCCUGACGGCCAUCGGCUGUCUGCGGGAAUGCCUUCUCGGCGGCAGCUCCGGUUCGCAACUCGACCGACGUAAGGGAUAAAAAAAUUUAGCGUCGUUUUGUGAAAACUGGGCUAAUAUUGCGUUUCCCAGAACGAGUACAUUUAUACAUGACAAACGAAAGUUCCUUAUUUGAUGUUAUACGAUGCUUGACAAUAGAAAUCUUCUGUUUUCUAUGGGAUAUGCAAAUAUUUGCGCUGUUUUGAAUU